CCCCGCCCAGCAUGCCCGUCGGAGCCAUCCCCGCCAUCACCGGCAAGCUGCGCAAGCGCCUCAUCCUCGACCUCAGCGUCGCCCUCGGCGGCGGCACCGCCCUCGGCUACGCCUACUGGUACGGCGUCCACGUGCCCUCGGUCAAGCGCCGCGACACGUUCUACGAGAAGCUGCAGUCCGACAAGCAGUAGACAGCUGCUCGCUCCGACAACAAGGGCUAGCGAAAGGGACGCUCAAUCGAUCACAGUGAAAGCGAGUGCGAUUGAGGCGCUCGCGACGGGGAGCGUCGCGGCUGGCGCUGGGUGAGACAGGGACGGACAGAGCGAGACAGGGGUGGAAGAAGCGAGAGACGGGCGGAGACGUCGCGGCAGAGGCGAAAGGGUGACACACGAGAGUGGGAGAAGGACCAAGAGAGGGCGCGGAUCGGGGGCCAGUCAGGCUGGGCUGCUACACGAGGAGCGCAGCGCCAGCAGCGAGGAGCACUGCGACGGCGAGCGAGAUGCGCGCGGGCGCGACAGCUGCCUUGGCGCCGCUUGGCUUUCCCGAGCUGCUCGUCUCGACGCCCGAGUCGAUGACGUUGCCGUUGGCAUCGCGGAU